AUGUCGGACAAGAAGGCGGUGGUUAAAUAUUGUGAUAUGAGUGAGGAGAUGCAGCAGGAUGCCAUCAACGCUGCUGUGUUGGGAAUGGAAAAGUACAACAUUGAGAAGGACAUUGCUGCAUACAUCAAAAAGGAAUUUGAUAAGAAACAUUCGGCCACCUGGCAUUGUGUCGUCGGUCGCAAUUUUGGCAGUUACGUGACACACGAAUCGAAGAACUUUGUUUAUUUCUACUGUGGACAAGUUGCCAUUCUUCUCUUCAAGUCUGGAUAGUUAGUCUUCUCAUUUUCGGAUUUCCUUUCUUUUUACUAAU